AUGAGCUUGGUGCCCAAUGCCAGCAUCUCUGUCCCUUCCAACUCGGGCACCAGUGGAACAGGAAGUGGCUCAAGCGGAGGUGGAACAGGCAACGUGUGGGUAACUCCUCUUCUCGGUGCUACUCUGAUCACCAUGUGCAUCCUUGGUGUGGUAGGAAAUGUUUACACGCUGGGUGUGAUGCGCUCUGCAGUUUUGCGGCGCUCUGGGUCCAUGUAUGUCUUCAUUGUUAAUCUGGCGGCAGCUGACCUUCUCUACCUGGGCACCAUUCCAUUUGUGGUAUGCACCUAUUUUUUCCAUGACUGGUACUUUGGUGAGACAGGUUGUCGGGUCCUGCUUAGCCUCGACCUGCUCACCAUGCAUGCCAGUGUCUUCGCCCUUGUGGCCAUGAGCCUUGAACGGUAUCGUGCCGUGGCAUCACCAUUCCGUGCCCGUCGCUCUGCCACUGACUCCGCCCGACGUCACUGGCUAGCAGCUCUUGCCAUCUGGGGUGCUGCCUUGGCACUCACACUACCCAUGAUGGUGAUGAUCAGGCUGCGGGAGGGGCGUCCAGGAGCCUCCGGUCUUGUCAAGCGCAUCUGCUUCCCCACAUGGACGCCUGAGGCAUUCAAAGCCUACCUCACUGUUUUGUUUUUCACUAGCAUGUUGGUGCCAGGGCUAGUCAUGGUGGUCCUGUACACAGGGUUGGCACGACACUACUGGAUAGCGCAGUCCAACCUCACACGUGGAGGAGCAGGAAACAGGAACAGCAUCCGUCUUUCCACCUCUUCUUGCCCGUCUAGGCGAAAAAGGCUUAAGCACAAGGUGGUCUGCAUGAUCUUUUGCAUCGUCGUGGCUUAUUGGGCAUGCUUCCUGCCUUUUUGGGGGUGGCAGAUGGCCAAAUUGUUCUCAGCCGAAUCCCUGCGCUCACUGACACCUGCCACACACACCUAUGUCAAUUUCUUUGUUACGUGCCUUACUUAUGGCAACAGUUGUGUGAACCCACUGCUCUACACAUUGCUCACCCGCAAUUAUAAAGACUACCUGGCGCAGAGGGGACAGGCUUCAAGCUCCAGCCGCGUCGACCAGGGCUCGGGGUCAGGGAUCAAUGAUCUGUAG